AUGAUCCGAAUUGGAAAGGAAAAGGUGCGGACCGGAUGCAUCACCUGCAAGCGUCGACAUGUCAAGUGUGACGAAGCCCGGCCGGCAUGCCACCGCUGCACCCGAGCCGGCCGGGCAUGCGAGGGGUACGCGAGCACGAGUACGCCGGGAUCUGGCAACCCCCAGCCCAUCAGGUUUGUGGUGUACGGAAGUGGAUGUGCGGCUAGGGCGGCUGAUCCUCAUAUUCGUCCUCAUCCUCAUCCUCAUCCUCAUCCUCGUUGGAGCUUGCCCGAGCACCCGGACCUAGACUGGCUGGAACGUCGCGCCCUCGAUUACUUCCAGGACCGGACCGCGCUGGAGCUGGCCGGCGCCUUCCAGACAGAUUUCUGGCUGGCCAGCAUCCUACCGCUAGCCAGGCACGAAAACUCGGUCAAGUAUGCGCUCAUCGCCCUGAGCAGUAUGCACGAACACUAUGCAGGAAUCGACCAUUUCGCCCCGGCACGCGGCGGGCUCGGCUUUGCUCUCGACCAUUACGGCAAGGCGAUACGAGAGGUUGUCCGACUGAACCAGAACCAGAACAAACUCCACAACCAUGCCCAGAAGCAAAAUCAAUCAUCGCUACCCACCAUCACAGCCAAGAACAAGAAGACCUUCGACUACGCUUUGGUGACGUGUGCCCUGUUCUCCGCGUUCGAGAGUCUGCAGGGCCACUACCACGACGCGUGCAAGCAUGCUGUUGCUGGAAUCAAGAUCCUGGCUGAGGAACAGCAACAGGAGCAGCAGCAGCAAGCACACAGGCCAAGCCAACAUCAACAUCAACAUCCCCCCGUCAUCCCCCGCGACGAACUCAACCGUUUCUUCAUCGCCAUGGGUCGCCAGAUGUUGGAAAUCGGCGACCCCAAUCUCCAAGGCUUGCAACUCCAACCUGUGCUGGGGCGUGGACGGGGUAUGACUGCCUUGCAACCGCAUUGCAUCCCAGACCAGUUCGUCUCGUACGAACACGCCCUCCUGCAUAUCGAGAUUUUAUUGACCGAUCUCUUUGAAUUCUCUGAGCGGUCGGAUCGGCUGCACAACCAUGGCCAGGGCCGCAUCUCGGAUGGCAAUUAUCAUUCGCUCAGGACCGAGUACGUGUCGCUCAAGGCCCGCUUUGACACAUGGAAGGCUGGUUUCGAUGCCAUGGUAAGCAACGACAGCAAUGACACCAAGAAGAGCCAAGAACCGUCGUGGGGUGGUGGAUCGGCGUCGGCGUCGUCGUCAGCGUCCAUAUCGGCCUCCAGAAGCCCAGCGCCACCAUUUGCAUCUGCAUCUUCUGCUGUGAGAGAGAGCGAGCCAGAACCGAAAAGAUCCCUACUCUCAUCACCAUCACCGUCAUUCUCCUCCUCAUCCGUCUCUUCAAGACCUCCGGCCUUCCUCAUCCUCCGCAUGUACCAGGCCAUCAUCACGGCGUUCCUGUCGCGCAUCGAACAAAAUGACGAAGCCGCCCUCAACAAUUUCCUCCCGGACUUCUGGACCGCCGUGGCCGCGGCCGAGGAGUUUUUGGAGCAGACCACGACGUUUGUGAGUCCGGUACAUGGUACGGCUGCUACGGCACCGACAUUGAUAUCGACGCCGAUAACAACGUCAACACUGAUAUCGACACCGAUACCAACGUCAACAACGACACCGACACCGACACCGACACCCAAGACCAGCAGGUCCAAUGCUAAUUCUAGUGUUAGGGAUGCCAGUGAUAUCAGUAAUGGGCAUCAAAUCCCCCAGGCGACCACUGGAUCUGGUUUUGGUUUUAGCUCUACCACUGGCACUGGCUUUGGUUUUGGGUUUGGCUCUGGCACUGGCUCUGGCACUGGCUCUGGCUCUCUCUCUCGCUUUGGCUUUCAUUCUAGCUUGGAGCAAGGUCCUGGUGUUGACCCCAACCCCGUGCAUGACCAUGGCUAUGACUCUGGAUCCCACAUCAACUUCAACUUCAACAUCAAUCAAUCCCGCAUCGUCCGCCCAACAUUCUCUCUCGCCCUCGGCAUCGUGCCCACUCUCUUCCUGACCGCCACGCGCACCACGGACCGGGCUCUCCGCGCCAAAGCCCUGCAUCUGUUGCGCACGUGCAAUCGCCGCGAAGGCUUCUGGGACUCGCGCAUCGCCGCGAAACUGGCCGAGCGCGUCGUCGAGAUCAGGGAGGAGGUGAGGGCGAAGGCGAGGGAGGAGGUGAAGGCGAGGGCGAGGAUAGUGAGUGAGAGUAUGAGGAGUGGUGGUUGCCACAUGGACCAUUUCAAUAACCACAUCGUUGACGGUGACGGUCGUGGUCAUGGUGACGGUGACGGUCAUGGUCGUGGUCAUGGUCAUGGGCAUUCUGCCGCCGGUGUCCUACUACACGACUAUACCGAUAACGACAACGACAACGGUGACAAGAACAAAACCAAAAUCGACCUUGAUAACGUCAACGUCAACAUCUCGACUAUGCACAGUGUCAUGGCUGAUGCUGAUGGUGAUGGUGGCAAUCUCGACUUCGACUUCAACCCCAGUCUUGGUCCAGAUCUCAAUCUAGACCUCGACAUUGACUUCAAUCCCGACCUCAAUCCCGACGUCAACCCUAACCUCAACCACGACGUCAGCACCAACCCCAACCUCGACAUUGACUCCAAUCCCAAUCCCAAUCCCAACCACGACAUCGAAACCGACAUCGACAUCGACAUCGACAUCAAACUACUCGACGUUUCAUUCCUGCCCGGCAAGAAAUGUACCUUCCGAUACGCCAUCGACGACCGCCGCCGACGCCGAUGCGAAGUUGAACCACUAGCAGUGGCAGUGCCAGUGCCAGUGGCAGGUGGUCCGCCAGACCCAGACCCAGACCUGAUGUGGGUGGGAGAAGGAGAAGGAGAUGGAGAUGGAGAUGGAUUGAGCAGAAGUCCAGACAUGAACGACCACGCCCACGCCACGCUCCCAGAGUAUGUGGAGGAACUUACAUGGGACUGA